CUCAAGGCUUCUGAUCAAAAAAGUUCCUACAAUGGCAUAGCCCCUGCCAGACAAAGGCAAAAUCUCCGAAGCAUACGAUUUUGGACUUCCAAAGGUCCGGAACAGGAUCUCGAUGAGCAAGCAGGGGCGGAUUCUCAUGGACCUCAUUCGCCAGUUGACCGAUGCUGAGAGCUUCGGUAUCGCGAGAUCACCUCUUGUCCCCAAGACGGCUGCCGAAUUCGCUGGCCCCAAGGCAGACAUACCGGAGACCGAAGCCGAAGAGCUGAAGGCCAAGAUCGAGAAGCAAGAGGAGGUGCAGAAGAAGCAGAAGGAUGCCCAGUGGGAAACAAACCAAGUGCUAAGACCUUCCGAGAAGGUUGAGACUUGCAUCAAAACAACCCCGACCAGCCGCAGUGCUGCUAGACUUGGGAUGGAGGACAGGAGCCCAAUCGCCAGGAUCGAAGAGGCAGACAUUUCGUAAGCAUCCGAUCAUUGAAUCACGAUCGAGUUUCUUCUCCAACUCCGUCAAUCGCAAA